AUGACGUUUCAACCGCUCAACUAUGAUGUCAUGUACCCUAAGACUGCAUUACAAGAAAGACUACUUGCCUAUCAGUAUGGACAGCAGUUUCCUGACCACAUUUUGGAGCAUAUGAACAGUAACUUCAUUGCAAACAGAGUUGUUUUAGAACAUACAACAACCGGAAACGACCUCUGUAUAAGGCUGAACAAGUCCCAGUAUGAAAAUCUUGCAAAAAGGUUGUAUGCAGAUGUAAAGAACGGGAAGCUUCAUGAUGUGUUUUUAAAUAGAUCACUUGGAGAUCCUGACUUUAAGCAAAAUCUUAAGUGCUUUUUAACAGACGUACCAUACAAAGAUGUAAAAGAUAUUUUCUUAUCCUUCAGGGAAGAAGAUUUCGAGAGUGUUAUUCUUGAUUCACAGAAAGAAUGUGAAAAAGAAGAUGAAGGGUUGAAAGAAACAUUGAUUAAACACGGGGCUGAAUGCAAUCGAUUUGAUGAGAAUAAUUUAACGCCUCUACAGGUUGCCUCAUCAAAAGGUCAUGUCCGUGUUGUAAACAAAUUGAUAAAGCAUGGUGCUGACAUUACUAAAAGUAUCUUAGCCAGUCAGUCCGCAUUGCAUCUAGCAUCACUAAAUGGUCAUUUGACCGUUGUAGAAAAGUUGAUUCUGCACGGCGCUAAAUGUGAUCGAUGUGAUGACACUAGAUUAACACCCCUACAUUUUGCGUCAUUUGAGGGAUUUACUUCCGUCGUUGAAAAAUUAAUUAAACACGGUGCCGAAAUCAAUAAGUGUUACAUUGAUGGUCAGUCACCCGUUCUUCUAGCGUCAUGGAGAGGACAGCUUACUGUUGUAGAAAAACUUAUUGAAUACGGAGCUGAUAUCAACAAAUGUGAUAUUAAUGGUUGGUCACCUAUAAUUUUAGCGUCAGGAGAAGGUCACCUGACUGUUGUAGAAAAACUUAUUGAACACGGAGCUGACAUCCAUAAAUGUGAUAUGAAUGGUUGGUCACCUAUCCUUUUAGCGUCAAGAGAAGGUCACCUGACUGUUGUAGUAAAACUUAUCAAAUACGAUGCUGACAUCAAAAGUUGUAUUAAGGGUUGGUCAUCAUUAAUUUUAGCGUCAUGGAAAGGACAUCUUCAUGUCGUACAAAAACUUAUUGAACACGGUGCUAACAUAAACAAGUGUAUUCAUAAUGGUGCUGACAUAAACAAGUGUGAUGCUCAUUCCCAGUCAUCUAUAUAUCUAGCCUCCAUGGAAGGUCAUCUUCCUGUUGUUAUAAAACUAAUUGAAUGUGGUGCUGACAUCAACAAGUGUGAAAAUAAUGGAUGGUCACCUCUGUGUGUAUCGUCAUCGAAAGGUCAUCUUUCUAUUGUCGAGACACUUAUUAAUCACGGUGCAGAUAUCAACAGCAGAUUUAAUGAUGGUUGGUCGGCAUUAAGUCUAGCGACAUUGUAUGGUCAUGAUCAUGUUGAACAAACACAAAUGGAACACGGUGCCAGCAUCAGCCAGCGUGAUGAUAAUGGUUGA